AUGAAACAUAUCUUCACGCAACGGAACCUGUUUGAGAGAGAAAGACGGGUGAUCGGGGGGGAAAUGGCGACGAAGGGAGCGGCGGCGGCGUACCCUAGCGCGGCUCGGAUAUCUGAUUCUCCAUGUUAUCUUCAGUACUCUGCUUCCCUCAAAUGUCUUGAAGAAUAUGGAUCAGACAAGAGUAAAUGCCAGGAUCAUUUUGAUGUGUACAAGGAAUGCAAGAAGAAAGAGAGGGAAGCUCGACUGGAACGCAAUAAGACACGGUCGUUGUUCUCAUGAAUGCAGAGUAUGGAUCCUCAAAAUGCUAAUGAUGUCUAAGAACAUCGCCUAGUAUCCUCUUGUUUCAUCUGCAUUGACGCCUCUUGAGAAGUGGUGAUUUGUGUUUCACAUGCUGUUUGUGUGUAUAAAUAAUUGCAAAGUGUUUGUUAACGUUAUUUGACUCUCCUACCUGUUACACUCACUAGGAGCCCAUCCCAUUAUUGAUUGGGUUUCUAUUACGAUAUGUCAAACUCAAAUCGUUAUGGCUUCUCCGCAGCAUAAGAAUCCAUUGAGUUAGAAGACAAGGAAGACUUAUCAUGCCAACUGCCUUGACCAAUCAUAUUUCACCUCAAUUCACCUUUUCGUUUGAUACUUGUAAACGUUGUCGACAUUUUUUCCCCAUUAUUCUUCCC